AUGGCUUCAAAAACGUUUCGAUUCUUGACGGUCACCCAAGUUCAGCGACUUCACGCUAGAUUCGUCGUCGCAAAUGCCGUUCCAACCCAGCCAGGCAUGCUGGAAUCUGCAGCUGAUUCGCCGAAGAACAUGAAGCAUUAUGCGAAACAGGAAGACAUUUUUCAGCUUGCUGCGAACCUUGCUGAGAAAAUCAUGAAAAACCAUGCCUUUCAGGACGGCAAUAAGCGUACUGCCUUAAUGGCCGCCGAUAUGUUCUUGAAGAUCAACGGUUACUACCUUCAGAAAGUGCCAUUCGCGGAUGAUUUACACAACAAGGAUCUCGCGAAUGCUCAUGUUGUCGUGGUUACCAAUCAGUGGACCGCUGAACAAAUGAGAAACUAUUACAAGACUGUCGCAGCGCCUCUCAACUCGGUGCAUGGACUAUAG